ACCCAGUCAUCAGUGUUGUGUUUUGUCAUCGACACCACAGGAAGUAUGAGUGAUGACAUCACUGAGGCUAAGAGAGUGUCCUUCUCCAUCAUCGACAGUAAGAGAGGAACCCAGCAGGAACCUUCAUCAUACAUCCUGGUCCCCUUCAAUGACCCAGGAUUUGGGCCUCUGAUCAGCACAACAAACGCAGACAUUUUCAAACAGAGCAUCAACGCCCUGACAGCAUCAGGAGGAGGAGACGUACCAGAGCUGUGCCUGUCGGGACUACAGCUGGCCCUCACGACCGCGCCACCCUCCUCUGAGAUCUUUGUGUUCACUGAUGCUCCUGCUAAAGACACCGCACUGAAGAGCACUGUCACCGCCCUCAUAGAGAGCACCAAGUCUGUGGUGACCUUCAUGUUGACUGACAACCUCCGCUCAAGUCGUCGCCGUAGGCAUUCCGUGGGCGGGGCUUCAGUUGUAUGGCCCAGUCAGGGUGGAGCCUCCAACCGGAUGGCCCAAUCAGACGCUCAGCUGUACCAUGACCUUGCCCAGGCCUCUGGAGGUCAGGCCAUUGAGGUCACCAAGGUCGACCUACACCGGGCCACCAGCGUCAUCGAGGACGCCUCCGCUGCAGCACAGGUGACUGUUCUACAGGAGGUAAGGAGCCCAGGAAAGGCAGAUAAUUUCUCAUUCACAGUAGACGAGUCUAUGAGAAACCUGAAUGCUUACAUCACAGGAGGAUCCCUCUCCUUCACUCUCACCAGCCCUUCAGGUGUGUCCCAGAGUGACAGUGAGGCCAACGGUCCCCUGGGGACCAUCCAGACCGUGGGGAACCUACGCCGCAUCUCUCUGACCUCACACAACCACGGAUUAUGGGAAAUCAGUAUGAACUCCAUAGAGUUCUACUCACUGAAGGUCAUAGGUCAGAGCUCUGUUCAUUUUGGCUACCAUUUCGUGGAGGCUUUCGGGGGGGCUCAUGGAGACUUUGGUCUCAAAGAGGGCCGUCCUCUCACAGGCGGUAACAUAACCCUGCUGGUGUCUGUAACGGGGGGUGACUCUGUCACUGUGACGGAGGUGGCCCUGGUCGAGGCCUCGGGGUCAGGAUCAGAAGUCAAUGGAACCCUGCAGUCGCUAGGCGGCACCGGCAGCGGGGACUUCCUGGUUACCAUGGCCAGAGUCCCGCAGGGGGAGUUUGUGAUAAAGACUUCCAGCAUCUCUGUUAUGGCCCAGGCUGACAGUACUCUAGAACCCGGUUCUACCAUUUCCGUCCUCUUCACCGUGACGAUGGUCAACGGAACCGGAGGAACCUUUACCGUCCGAGCAACCAACGACCGUGGCUUCCCUUCCUCCUUCCCUGCCAGCGUCUCCAUUGUGACCAGGGGCGGCUUGGCCAAUGGUACAGUGACCCUCACGGCGCCCGCCAGCACCCCGUCGGGAACGGAUGUCACCCUGACCAUCGAGGCAGAGUCCGCUGGAGCCGCAGACUUGAACUACUCCAUCCUGCGUCUCUCUGUUGUCAGCAAGGUGACAGAUUUCACCCCUCCCCAGUGCGGGGUGGUCAGCAUCUCGUCCAACUGCCCGGCUGACUGCAGUGCCUCCUACUGGCAGCUCUCUGCCACCAUGACCGACAGUGUCAACGGGACGGGCAUUGACCGAGUAACCCUGCGCCAGGGCAACGGGACCCUGAACACUUCUACUGCGGUGGGCACCGGAGGCGAGAACGUGACCUGGGUGGCCUACAGCGCCUCCUGCUGUUCAAAGAAGGUAGAACUGGUGGUUGUGGACAAGGCAGGCAACGUGGGUGUGUGUCUGGGCUCAGUGAAGGACUCUGUUGGGGUGGUUGUGAGCUCUACAGCACAGGUCUCUGUCACCAACACUACAGCUGUACCUGUAGUUAGUACUACAUCCUCCGGAGGACCACCUUUGACUCUGUCCCUGUAUCUAAGGAUCUGUGUGAUGCUUUCUCUCCUCAUGUGGAAUAGAGUAGAGCUAUAGAGUUGUAUAAUAGUUCAUAAAGGUACUGUAGAGUUAAUGUGGAAUCAAUGCAAAGAGAAUCAUGUCAUCAGACGUAACUGGUAUGUAUAUGUUAUGCUGUACUAAGAGACAAGUAGAAUAUGUAAUGAACAUGUGGAAAUAUGAACUCUCUGUCAUAAUACACUGUGGAAACUCUGUCAUAAUACACUGUGGAAACUCUGUCAUAAUACACUGUGGAAACUGUCAUAAUACACUGUGGAAACUCUGUCAUAAUACACUGUGGAAUCUCUGUCAUAAUACACUGUGGAAACUCUGUCAUAAUACACUGUGGAAACUCUGUCAUAAUACACUGUGGAAACUCUGUCAUAAUACACUGUGGAAACUGUCAUAAUACACUGUGGAAUCUCUGUCAUAAUACACUGUGGAAACUGUCAUAAUACACUGAGGAAACUCUGUCAUAAUACACUGUGGAAUCUCUGUCAUAAUACACUGUGGAAACUCUGUCAUAAUACACUGUGGAAACUCUGUCAUAAUACACUGUGGAAUCUCUGUCAUAAUACACUGUGGAAACUGUCAUAAUACACUGAGGAAACUCUGUCAUAAUACACUGUGGAAUCUCUGUCAUAAUACACUGUGGAAACUCUGUCAUAAUACACUGUGGAAUCUCUGUCAUAAUACACUGUGGAAACUUUUUCAUUUAUUAUUAUUAUUAUUAUUUAUAUUACCUUAAAUCUGUCAAACCGAAACUAUGAAGAUCUUGUCAAAACGUCUGCUUUUGGUGAAAUUCCCUUCUAAACCAAGUUGACCGUCAGUUUCAUUCUGAAUAACUCUUCACAUUGAUGUCACACACAGACAGCAUAGACAGAAAACAGAACCCCUAUACGUUAUGAGGCCAUUGGUGAUGUAUGUGAUGAAUUCAUAGGGACAAAUCUUUAUCCAUUAUAAUAUAUUUUCACCUCAAUUAACGCUUGUUGAAUCUUAUUUUAAAAACUGAUGUGCACUGUGGGAAAUUGUCACGAUCGUCAGGGAGAGAAGUAGACCAAUGCACAGCGUGAUGA